AAAAAAUUGACUCAAACUCUAAUAGAUUAAUAUUUCAGGAAUUUUGGAUGAAAUAAUUAAUUGUAAUCAAUUUACGCUUAAGUUAUCGCCAAUUGACUAUAUAUCGCUAUAUCAGCACUUGUAAGAUAACGUUUUGUUCCAUAUUACUGUUUGUUACGUAGUUAAAAAUGGGGAAAAGGCAACAUCAAAAAGAUAAAAUGUACUUAACGUACACGGAAUGGACUACAUUAUAUGGAGGCAAAAGAUCUGGCACAUCUACUGAAGAAGAUACCACUUUUAAACGACUUCCGUUUGACCACUGUUGUUUGUGUCUGCAACCAUUUGAAUAUCCUUUUUGUGAUGGCGACGGCAACGUUUUUGAAUCCGAAGCUAUUAUAGCUUUUAUCAAAAAAUUUAAAAUUAACCCAGUAACUGGGAAGAAAUUUGAUGUAAAAUCAUUACUCAAGUUGAAGUUUUUUAAAAAUGCCGAAGAUGAAUAUCAUUGUCCCGUUCUAUUUAAAUUGUUUACUAAGAACUCACAUAUUGUUGCUAUUCGAACAACGGGAAAUGUUUACUCACAUGAAGCUGUUGAACAACUUAACAUCAAGGGAAAGAACUGGAAAGAUCUCAUUGAUGAUACACCAUUCACCAGAAAUGAUAUCAUAACAAUACAGGAUCCCAGUAAUUUAACCAAAUUUAAUAUAUCAAAUUUCCAUCAUAUUAAGAAUAAUUUAAGAGUUGAAACAGAGGAGGAAAUUGCAAUGAGAAAAGAUCCACAUGCAAGAUUGAAAACUGUAUCCGCUGAAACAAAAGACAUUUUACAACAACUUGAAAAAGAUUAUAAACCACCUGAAGUAAAGGAAACUAAAAAAGAGGUAGCAGAUAAAUUCAAUGCUGCACAUUUCUCAACCGGUAUGGUGGCGGCCAGUUUUACUUCCACUGCUAUGGUACCAGAGACAGUACAUGAGGCAGCUAUCAUUUGUGAGGAUGAAGUUAAAUAUGACAGAGUGAAGAAGAAAGGAUAUGUUAGACUGGUUACAAAUGUGGGACCAUUAAAUUUGGAGCUCUAUUGUGAUGUAACUCCUAAAGCUUGUGACAAUUUUAUAAAACACUGCUACAGUGGUUACUACAAUGGUACGAAGUUUCAUCGAUCAAUAAGGAAUUUUAUGAUCCAAGGUGGAGAUCCAACUGGUACUGGUCUCGGUGGUGAAUCUAUUUGGAAGAAACCAUUUGAAGAUGAAAUUAGACCUAAUUUGCAUCACACAGGCCGUGGAGUUUUGUCUAUGGCCAACUCAGGGCCGAACACUAAUGGAUCACAGUUCUUUAUAACAUUUAGAUCCUGCAAACAGUUAGAUGGAAAACACACAAUAUUUGGCAAACUUGUUGGUGGUCUGGACACACUUAAUGCAAUGGAACAGAUUGAAGUUGACAACAAAGACAGGCCAAUACAGGACAUUAUAAUAGAAGUCGGACAAGUGUUUGUUGACCCAUUUUUGGAAGCUGAAGAACAGUUGGUGGCUGAAAGAGCUGCAGAAUUAAAGAGACAAGCGGAAGAAGAUGGACCAGGAGUUAAACCUAAAAAAGCUGUCAAACAACCACUGAAAGUGUUCAGAGAGGGUGUCGGUAAAUAUUUGAACUUGGAAGAAUUGUCAACAAACAAAGCAAAUAAAUCACAAGAACCAGCUAAGAAACUUAAGAAGGAUAAUAAUUAUAAAUUUGGAAGUUUUGAAUCAUGGUAGUGUUAUGUAAAAUAUAAUGUAAUUGAAAAUUCAA